GUGCUGAUUUGUCCGUAAAAAUCCUCAUGUUUUUGGAGGACCCUUCUGAUCUUGUUCGUGUUAGUGCUGUCUCCAGUUCUUGGCGCCAAUUCAGUGAGCUUUCCCACUCAGCUUAGGCAUUGCUUCUGUGUCCAUGUUUUAUCAAUCUACUGGUUUUAAUUCCUCGUUUCUCUGUGAUUUGGGUUGUUCUCGGGGUGGUUAUUUGUCAUCUGCUUAAUUGUGGAAGAACUAAUUGAUGGUUGCUAUGUUAUUUUAUUGACUGCGCAUAUCCCAGUUUGGGCUCUGCUGGAUUAUGCACGAAUGAAACAGAACAGCACUCUUAAUUGAAGUUUUCUAGACGAGGAGUCCUUAUAAUAUACGUUUAAGCUACUGUUCGUCAUUGUAUUUCCAGUCAGUGGUGCCUUCUUUACAAGUGUCUCUCGGAAUAUUGGUACUGAAUGUCUAGUCAAUGCGGUACUUGCUGAAAUGCUAGUUAUAGGAUUUUAACUAGACGUUGACAUUGCUUAUUUUCUGAAUAUUGCUGAAGGUAAACACUAGUUUACAUCUAUCAUUGUCUUUGAGAAGCAGCAGACAAUGAUAACCAUGUAUGUAAAUGGUGAGAAACAAAGAACUGUGCCAAAAAGAUAAUUGGAUAUUAGCAUUUUGCAAGUACAAUUAAAUAUGGUUCCCGUGUUGCUCAAUACUUUUGAUAUGCUUCACUUUUGUACAAGUUACUGAGUAAUGUGUGCCUUAAUCAGGGAAAAGAAAGAGUUUGAGCACUUGUCUGUCAACUCUUCUCUCUGUGUGAUCAAAGUAAAGAAGUUUAUGUGCAGGGCGGCAAUCUGUGCCUUAUGGUGGGGGAAAAAAAUAAAAGAAUUUGAGGACUUGUCUGUCAACCUUUUCUGUGUUCGAUCAAACUAAAGAAAUUGAGAAACUCUGUUUAAAGAUGUUCCCUGAGAUGUCCACUCUUAGUCGUGCUAUUGAAAUUAGCAACAUGAUCGAACCUGUGGAAUCCAGGACCAAUGAGCCUAUUGAAUGGGCAUGUCUGAAACGGGACCAUAAAGUAUAUGCAUUUUUGGCUCAAGGUCUUGCCUCCUUCCCAAGAAAAGAUUGCUUGUCUGAGGCACUUGGUGCUUCAAGCACUGAUAAUUACGCAGAUGAAAGCAUUCAGAAUACCCUGGAACCAAGUGACAGGAUUGGUCAGAGAGCUUCUUACUGGUCGAGCAAGGGUGAAAUUGAUUCUGCAGUCUCUGAAACAUUAACGUAUAAAUUGAGGGCCAAACUCUGUGUGAUUACUGAAAUCCAUAUUCAACCAUUUCAAGCGUACUUUCAGUUUGGUUCCCCCAUAUAUUCAGCGAAGGCUGUAAGAUUUUUGAUGGGGCAUUCUAUUGCUGGUAUGGAAGCACAAAAGGAGGGAGACGUGUCUUCAGCUGCUCAAGAAUCUUCUCAUGAAAAAUUUGUGUGGACGUACGUUUCACCAGAAUUUCCGAUGGCUCAUGAGAAUUGUUUGCAAAAGUUCAUGCUGCCAGAACCUGUUCUCUGCAUCGGAGGGAUUCUGCAAGUCCAGCUAUUGGGUAGGGUGAAGAAACAAGAAAUAGAUAGUUUGUAUUACAUACGUGUUUCUCAUGUUGAAGUUGUUGGGCGACCAGCCACACCGGCAUUUGAUGUUGAGAUAUUGGAUCAAUCUGGAAAAUGCAUGUUGAGGCACAAUCCUGAACAGCAUCUUUGUUCAAACAACAGAUCUCCUCAGAGUGAGUCGAGCUGUCCUCCUCGCAUUCACAGGUUUAGUGCAAGUAUAAGAGGUUGGGAGCACAUGAUCCUCAACACAUUACUUGGUGCUAGAGGGAUUAUGGUAAAUGACUACGACUACGACUACGACGGCGAGGACGACGAUUCAGAUGACCAGUAUAACUAAGUGCUUCUGCUUCUUGCUACGCUUUCUGGUUUUCUUUUGCUCUGUUCCUGCUGCCCUUCUGUAAGCUCUGAAGCACAAGAUAGAAUGUGUAACAGUCCUCUCCCGUAAGCUCUGAGGCACAAGGGAGAGUCCAGAGACAAUUUACUUUGAAGAUUUGAGCUUCAUUCUGCCAUGAAGAAGACGAGAAGCUUGUUAUCGGAUCCACAUUAUGAACUAUCCAUCUGGUUAAAAACAAAUAAGAAAGCUGCAAAAUUUGCCUCC